AAAUAUUAGUUGCACAAAUGUGAAAAUUAUUCAAACUUGUUUUUUUGUUUUUUGAAAAUGUGGCGUUUUCUAAAAGUAUUUAAGUGUUUACUAAUAUCAUGUAGUCUUAUUUGUUUGCAUCAAAAUGAAGUUUUUUCUUUUAAAAUUAAUCCUAAAGAUGUAGAAAAGCAGUGGAGUGUUUUAGUAAAUUCCACGGAACAACCAGGUUUAGCGAGAACUGCGAAAAACUGUGGAACGAGUAUUAACCGGUUCUAUGAUGAGUUAGAUAAUAUAAAAAAUCAAACUACAGAAAAGUUAGCAGUAAUUAAAGACACAGCCGAAGUAAAAAAUUUGGCUGUUGGUUUUAAAAAACAAGUGGUAUCAUCCACUACGAAUUUGAACGAUGUCCAGAGAAAUGUGUAUAAACUGGCUGGACACUUUAAAGAUAAAUACAAAAAUGGCUUGUGGGGCAUUGAGAUUGAUUCCCAAAACACUUUUGAUAAAUUAAAUGAGAUGAAAAGUACUCCUGUGGACAAUACUAAAUCAUUGCCCGGAUCAGCUGCACGAAUGUUCGGUAACCGACAUGAUUAUGAAAAAUUGAGUAAUAAAAUUCUUAGUGUAUCAUUAGAUGACCAACAGCUAAUGGAUGAUUUAAAAAAAAAAAGAACAAAAGCAAGAGCCGAGUUUUCAUCCUUAUAUAAUGCAUUAGAUAAAUGGACAAAAAAUGUUAACAAUAUUGCGUUUGAAACGAUGGAUGUUUUUUUUAAAGGUAUUAGUUCAAUUAAAUCUAUUAAAAGAAAAGUUAAAGAAUUUAAAGAAGAUGCCCUGUCUAAAAUCGAUGAAAAUGAGUUGGCUGCAGUUCAGAAUGCAAUCGAAUUGGCUAAGGCAUUAAAAUUCAUCUUUAAAACACAAAUAACUCAUGAUUCUAAUGAGAUAUUUGACGAUGAACCAACGGCUGAUGAUGAUACAUCUACGCAAGCUGAUGAUUCAAACGAAGAAAACAAUAUUAACAAGGAAAAUAAAAGUAUACCUAAAAAUGAAAUACAAAAUCAGAAGAGUCUAAGCGAUAUCGCUGCAGAUUCUACACCCAGGCAUGAACCUAAGAAAGAAAAUCUGGAUUUACAAACUAGUAAUGAAUCAACAAUUUCUAAUUCAUCCCCCAACGAUACAUCAAAUGUAAAUGACACUAAAUUUUCUCCUUUAGACGAAGAAAAAAAUAAUAUGACAAAAAAUACACCUCAAGAGAAUCCAAACAACUUAACGAUAGAUUCUGUGCCAACAAGUGAACCAGUGAAUUUACUAACUAGCAACGAAUCGAUCAUUUCUAAUGCAUCACCUAACGAUACUUUAAGUGAUAAUGGUUCUACAAUUUCGCCUUUAGAUAAACAAAAUGAUAUCAUUUCAAAACAAACAUCUCAGGAAAAUCCAAAGGACUUAAUUGCAGACUUUACACCUAAGCACAAAAAACUGGAUUUAGAAACUAGUAAUGAAUCAAACAUUUCAAAUUCAUCCCCCAUCGGUACAUUAAAUGUAAAUGACAUUAAAUUUUCGCCUUUAGACGAAGAAAAUAAUAAUACGACAAAAAAUACACCUCAAGAGAAUCCAAACGGCUUAACGACAGAUUCUGUGCCAACAAGUGAACCAGAGGAUUUAUUAACUAGCAAUGAAUUAACAAACUCUAAUUUAACCCCUAAUGAUACAGUAAGUGCAAAUGACACAUCAUUAUCGCCUUUAGACAAAGCAAAUAACCACAUGUCAAAACAAACAUCUCAGGAAAAUCCAAAGGACUUUACUUCUGAUUCUACGCCAAAGCAUGAAUACCUAGAUUUACCAUUUAACAGCGAAUCGACAACAUCUAAUCCAUCACCUAACGAUACAUCAAGUAUGAAUGACACCAUGGACGAUGAUGUACAUAAUAAAGCAAAACCUAAACAUAUGCGAAGAAAGAAAAAGUUAUUAUCAUGGGACGAGUUAAUUAAAAAGCCUGAACCAAUAGUGAGUUCAGAAUCGAAUAAUUGUGUAAACGCAUUGAAAACAAGUAUAUCUGAUCUCAACAGUAUAAAAUUGUCAACAAAAAAUAAGAUACAAGCAGCGAAAGAUGAAAAUGAAUUGAAAGUAACGGAAAACGAUGCCAUUAAAAAAUAUCAAGACAACAUGAAAAAGACCAACUCAGUUUUAGCUAAUAGAUUAAUUGAUGUGGCUGAAAAUGCGUGUGAGACGGUAAAAUCUAUAGAUGAUAAAUAUGAAACAAAAUUCAAAAACGAUCCUAACCUUCAACGCGUAAGUUAUUUAUUAGGGAAAAAGUACGAUCCUAAUUACUACAUAUUGCAAGUUUUAUCUGAAGCCGAUACUAACAGCAAUAAAAAUGGAGUAAGCGGUAAAAAAAAACCAUCUUAUUACAAAAUGGUAUCGGUAUGUCAAAAUUUGAUUAAUGAAACAAACGAGAUGGACGAAUCUGCGUUGUACGCCAUGAAUAAAAUUUACGAAGGUCUUAUAGCGACUAAAGACUUGAGCAAAGAAGCUAACAAAGAAAGCGCUCAAAAAGCUUUAUAUAUUUUAAGAAAACUAAAAGAGGAUGAAAACGAAGAAGAUAUAAUAUCAAAAACGGAAAAUCAUAAUAAGGUACAGGAAAAAAUUUUCGACGAUGACAACAAUAACGUACGAAAUCAAAACGAAAAUCACAACUCAAAUGAUAAUUUGCAACCUAAUGCAAUAGCACAUAACAAUAAACCGAAAGUACCAGUAGAUGUUGAUUUAGGAGAAAACACAAAUAACAAACAAAUUGCAGAAGAUUAUCCAAGAUCGCAAGAGGUUGAUGAUGAAGACAAUUCAAUUGAUAAUUUGCAACCUAAUGCAAUAUUACAUAAAAAUGAACCGAAAGUACCAGUAGAUGUUGAUUUAGGAGAAAACACAAAUAACAAACAAAUUGCAGAAGAUUAUCCAAGAUCACAAGAGGUCGAUGAUGAAGACGACUCAAUUGAAAAUUUGCAACCUAAUGCAAUAGCACAUAAAAAUGAACCGAAAGUACCAGUAGAUGUUGAUUUAGGAGAUAAUACACAUAACAAACAAAUUGCAGAAGAUUAUCCAAGAUCACAAGAGGUCGAUGAUGAAGACGACUCAAUUGAAAAUUUGCAACCUAAUGCAAUAGCACAUAAAAAUGAACCGAAAGUACCAGUAGACGUUGAUUUAGGAGAUAAUACAAAUAACAAACAAAUUGCAGAAGAUUAUCCAAGAUCACAAGAGGUCGAUGAUGAUGACAAUUCAAUUGAAAAUUUGCAACCUAAUGCAAUAGCACAUAAAAAUGAACCGAAAGUACCAGUAGACGUUGAUUUAGGAGAAAACACAAAUAACAAACAAAUUGCAGAAGAUUAUCCAAGAUCGCAAGAGGUUGAUGAUGAAGACAAUUCAAUUGAUAAUUUGCAACCUAAUGCAAUAGCACAUAAAAAUGAACCGAAAGUACCAGUAGACGUUGAUUUAGGAGAUAAUACAAAUAACAAACAAAUUGCAGAAGAUUAUCCAAGAUCGCAAGAGGUUGAUGAUGAAGACAAUUCAAUUGAUAAUUUGCAACCUAAUGCAAUAGCACAUAAAAAUGAACCGAAAGUACCAGUAGAUGUUGAUUUAGGAGAAAACACAAAUAACAAACAAAUUGCAGAAGAUUAUCCAAGAUCACAAGAGGUCGAUGAUGAAGACGACUCAAUUGAAAAUUUGCAACCUAAUGCAAUAGCACAUAAAAAUGAACCGAAAGUACCAGUAGAUGUUGAUUUAGAAGAUAAUACACAUAACAAACAAAUUGCAGAAGAUUAUCCAAGAUCACAAGAGGGUGAUGAUGAAGAUAAAAUUUCUGAAAAAACUCAAGAGAACGAUAGUAUAAAUGAAUCUUCUGGUAUUCUUCCUGGUAAUAAGGACGAUGGUAUCCUCAUAAAUGCCAGUGUGUCAAAUCCGGUGUCGGUCGAAAAUAUUCCAGAUGAAGGUUCAGAGAGCAUUUUGCAUUUUCCAGAAACUGCAGAACAGCCCCGCAAUGAAAUGGACCCACAUCAUGAUAAAAUAGCAACGAAUCAAGUUUUUGACAAUGCGUUUGAGCCAAGCAUGAGUACAGAAAAUAUUGAACAAGAUAAAAAAGAAAACCCUAAUUUAAAUAGUACUCAAAACAUUAUUCCAAAAAUUGACAAAGAAAGUCUGAAUAAAGAUCAAGAAAACGACGAUUCAGAAUUAUUAGACAGUGUUGAAAAUGCUAUUCCUAGUGUUGUGCAAAAUAAAAAAAUAGUAAACUCUGUUCUAAGUAGUGAAGAAUUUGACGAAGAUGACGGAGAUAGUCUUGAUGAAAUGAAAAAUAAUAAAGGCUCAGAGAGCAUUUUGCAUUCUCCAGAAACUGCAGAACAGCCCCGCAAUGAAAUGGACCCACAUCAUGAUAAAAUAGCAACCGAUCAAGUUUUUGACAAUGCGUUUAAACCAAGCAUGAGUACAGUUAAUGUUGAACAAGAUAAAAAAGAAAACCCUACUUUAAAUAGUACACAAAACAUCAUUCCAAAAAUUGACAAAGAAAGUCUGAAUAAGGAUCAAGAAAACGACGAUUCAGAAUUAUUAGACAGUGUUGAAAAUGCUAUUCCUAGUGUUGUGCAAAAUAAAAAAAUAGUAAACUCUGUUCUAAGUAGUGAAGAAUUUGACGAAGACGACGGAGAUAGUCUUGAUGAAAUGAAAAAUAAUAAAGGCUCAGAGAGCAUUUUGCAUUCUCCAGAAACUGCAGAGCAGCCCCGCAAUGAAAUGGACCCACAUCAUGAUAAAAUAGCAACGGAUCAAGUUUUUGACAAUGCGUUUAAGCCAAGCAUGAGUACAGAAAAUAUUGAACAAGAUAAAAAAGAAAACCCUAAUUUAAAUAGUACACAAAACAUUAUUCCAAAAAUUGACAAAGAAAGUCUGAAUAAGGAUCAAGAAAACGACGAUUCAGAAUUAUUAGACAGUGUUGAAAAUGCUAUUCCUAGUGUUGUGCAAAAUAAAAAAAUAGUAAACUCUGUUCUAAGUAGUGAAGAAUUUGACAAAGAUGACGGAGAUAGUCUUGAUGAAAUGAAAAAUAAUAAAGGCUCGGAGAGCAUUUUGCAUUCUCCAGAAACUGCAGAACAGCCCCGCAAUGAAAUGGACCCACAUCAUGAUAAAAUAGCAACGGAUCAAGUUUUUGACAAUGCGUUUAAACCAAGCAUGAGUACAGUUAAUGAUGAACAAGAUAAAGAAGAAAACCCUAAUUUAAAUAGUACACAAAACAUUAUUCCAAAAAUUGACAAAGAAAGUCUGAAUAAGGAUCAAGAAAACGACGAUUCAGAAUUAUUAGACAGUGUUGAAAAUGCUAUUCCUAGUGUUGUGCAAAAUAAAAAAAUAGUGAGUCCUGUUCUAAGUAGUGAAGAAUUUGACGGAGAUGACGAAGAAAGCCUUGAUCAAGUGAAAACUAAUACAUUUAAAUCUAGCUCAAGACCGGAUAUCUUAGAAACGCCCAAUUUAAAUGGUGCAAAUCCUGUCAUACCCACUCCUGUACAAGAAAUUAUGCCAAACACCUUACUAGACGACCAAAUAAGUACUGAAGUUAAGCUACCUAGCUUAGAUGAAAAAGAUCCAAUUAAUAAGAAAAUAGUCCACACAGAACCGUAUAAUGAAGGAUUAAAUAAGGGACAUGCAAUUCCUGAUAAGAAUGCUAAUAUAAUUGCUGAGCCUGUAUUGUCAAAUUUAGAAGGAGAUAGCAGUGAAGCUCUGUUAGGAGAAAGUAUACCAAAAAUCAAUAAAGAAAUCCAUAAGUCGAGUGAAGGGAAUGGUAGUACUGAAGUGUUGGACAGUGUUGAAAAUGUCACUCCUAGUGUUACGCAAAAUGAAAAUCUACCAAAGUCGGUUGUAAGUAGCAAAGAAUAUGAAGGAGACCAACCUGGCAGUCAAGAUAAAAUUAAAAAUAAUGAUGACAAAGAAAAUGUAUUGAAAAAUCUUUCAGGUGAAGAACAGCUUAAUAAUAAAAUCGAUAUGGACAAUAAUAACAGAGCAGACGUUGGGGACAAUACAAUUACUGGGGACCCAACUGAAGUCAAUCAUGAUAAAUAUGAAUUGCCAAGUGUAGAUGAUGCGCAGAGUCGUUUACACGACAACGAGUUAAAAAAUAGUUUAGAAUCAGGUGAUUUAGUUAAACCAGAACAAGAUAGUCAAGACAUGCCUGGUGAUACGAAGUAUAAUACAAUUACUGAACCUAUACAUGAGAUUCCAGAAAUUAAUGGUAAGGAACCCUUGCUAAAUAAAAUACCCGAAACCAAUAAUGAAAACCUUACAAACAAUAAAUUAAACAAUAGUUCUGAAAUAACAAACAACGUUGAUGAUGCUAAACCUAGUUUUGAUAAUCAAAAAAUAGUCAACCCUAUAGAAAGUAGUAACGAAUAUAAUGAAGAACCGAAAAGUCAGGCUGAACCAAAUAAUGAAGACCAACAAAUAAUAACGAAAAUUCCUUUAUCUGAAGAACAGCCUAAUAAUGAAGUUAAUGCUGGCAAAUAUAAUGAAACACCUUAUUUGAAUAACGAGACUGUCGUCAGUCCUUUGGGAGAAAAUAUGUCAGAACAUAUUCCGACUGAAGAUGAUUUAAGCGAUAAAGACAGAAUAUUUAGUCCGGUCGAAGGAGGUUCUAAUAAUAGUGUCGAGUUUGAUAAGCAACCACGAGAUGGCAAUCGAAAUGAGCUCGAAUCACCCCUUUCGACCAGUACAAUUGCACCAGACUUUGUACUUAUUAAUGAUAUAGCCGAAGAAAUGCCACCUAAAUCUGAAAUCGAGAGUAACGCCGAUGAAGAAAAACCGGAAGUACCGUUUGAACAACCAAAUAAAAAUGACGGUAAAAAAGUUAAAGCGAAGAGAUAUAGAAAACGUCGAAUAACUUAUUUGAUUAACAAAACAACGGGAAAACGAACAGCUGUUAAAGAAGAGAUCAUUCCGAUCGACACUGACAAAACACCAAAAGUUUCUACUGAAAAUGAAAUCGUUAACCAAGAUGAACCUAAAAAUGCUGAUGAAAUCGACAACCAAGAUGAACCUAAAACUGCUGAUGAAAUCGACAACCAAGAUGAACCUAAAACUGCCGACAAAGACGAUUCAAAUUUGCUCUAUAACAGUAACGCAGAACAGUGUAAAAUCACGGCGUACGAGGAACUUACGAAGAUAGCGUCGUACGAUAUUAAAAAGUUGGUCUUCUCCAUUGGACUGCUGUCGAGCAAGCUACGGAACAACGUCAUGUCAGACAUCAAACAGGCGAAUAAUGAUGUUAAACAAUCGGAUCUCAGAGGCCAGGUGGACCAGGUGGUGGAGAGAACGAGAAAAGCGAUCGACGUUAACUUCGAGCAAUCGAUCGGCGAAAUGAGGGAAAAACUCGUUUUACUGGCUCAGAAAUUCGUGGAGACCACGAACGGCCUAAAAAACACUUACAAGGUGAGACCGCGAACUACACACGAAAUGCUAAGUUCGAUCACGGUCGACCCAUUGCCAGUGUCGGAAACGGCGGGGGCUGCUUUGAGUAUCAUUUCGCCACAGUUCAACAUAGACAAAGCGGUAAGGCGGAUACUCGAAGCACGGCCCUCGGGUCGGGUGAAGAAUUUGCAUGACAAAAAAUACGACACUCAGAGGAAACUGAUCGACCUGUCCAGAUUGAUGGACACAGCGGUUAAUAAUUUCGAAUGUUUGAUGUUGUCGGUAAUCAACGAAAUCGGCAUAGGAGUAGACACGUUAAAAGUGCUUAACUCCAGCAAACUGAUGAUGAGCUCACAAAAUCCACGAGCAAAGGCCCUAAAGAACGCCAUGACCAUCGUCCAGGAGAUCCUAGGUAGAGCGUCCGGAAACCAGUCGGGUGCUUCGGCGAAGUUUGCUAACAGAAGUAUAGAUUCUGAACCCGUCGCGGAUAUGAAGAAUAAGCAAAAGCCGGUAGGAGUGAUCGUAGUGCACCCUGACAUGACCAUCAGGUACAAGCAAUUGCCCGGCAAUAAAGAAUUGAAAAAAUUCGUUGCCGAAGAGUCGAAACCGUAUAAAAAAGGCAAAACGAAAGUUAGUCCCAAGUUCCUCGAAGUGGAUAACAAAAAACUUAUCCAAAACAUAAUCAACGACACCAAGAAAAGAGCAAAGCAAGCAGGAAUGACCGAUGCAGAAACCGUUAACGAAAUCGUACGAAAAUUAAAUACUAAACAUUAACUCGAGUAAAACAUCUGUAUUAAUACCUACUUUUGAAAUGUUUCUCAUCUUAUUAUAAACCUUUUAAGAUGAUGAGAGUAAGACAACCUAACUAAGACUAGAUAUUUUUGGAAUACAAAAAUAAUAAAAAUUUCUCAAGUCUCAUUUACACAAUAUUAUACCAAAAAAAAAUAUUCUAAAAACACUUAAACUUACUUUGUAUACUAAUUAUUUAAUAUAUAUUAAAUCUAAGUCAUUGUUGUGUAGGUAUAAUCAAAUUUUCUACCAUAAUUAUUUAAAAAGUAUUUACACACAACAAUAAUUCAGUAAAUCAUUUGUACACAACUCGGUUAAUUAUAAAAACCAAACAGUAUUUAUUUUUAGUUUCUUACCCUUAAAAAUAAAUAUCCGAUAGCAGAAAUCGUAUCUAGUAUUCCUAAUUUUAAACUAAUCACG